AAGUGAAAUCUAUCAAAUAUUAAAAUAAACAGAAAGUGAUAGCAACUAAAUCUGGGACACAUUUUGUGCCAACCCCUAUACCCAAGGGUUACUUUUGAACCUGGGUGGGACUGCAGCUUGUAUAAAUAAAGAUUAGAAACAGGCAGCGGUAGGCCAGAGUUAAAGGUUUGGCAUCAGCUCAUAAGACUCACGCACAACAGUACCCAAUAGAGACUCUGAACAGGGUUGUAAAACUGAUAAGCUCAGAAUGGCACAAUUGAUGGUUUCUAUUCCAGUGUCGACGUGAUAAAAAAAAUAUUGCCAUAUUAGAAGAAACAAAAGACACAAGGAGUAGGAACUCUGUUUCGGCCACCGGCACUCCAAAAAAUCACUGCGGUAGGACAAACCAGAGGAAGACAUGAGGACAACAACUUAACCCAACGUGUGGGUUUGUCAACAUGGAUGACCCUGAAAAGAAAGCCACGCUGUUUGAGGAAGUUAAAAGCGCUACAGAAAUCUAAAAAAAAUUGAGUAAACUUUAUCAGUGCUUACAAUGGUGCACGUGGAUUUCAGAACCCUCAUUUUGCCAAUUGGCAUUGUGCGGAUAUCAGCAUUUGUCCUGACAUGCAUCUGCUUUGCAUUGGUGGCAUCCGCAGGUGUCGGGGACUCGAGUCUGUCCCACUGGUCCUGGUGCAUGUUCUGCUGGUGCUUCUGUUGCUUCAUGACGCUCCUCAUCCUCAUUUUGGAGUUCACCAACCUGCACACCAAGGUGCCCAUCUCGUGGGAGGACUUCACCAUGGCCUUCGCCAUGUUGGCGGCACUCAUGAUGGCCACAGCUUCGAUCAUCUACCCGAGGUUCUUCGCCUGCCUGUCUUGCUCCAGGGAGAUCGGGGCAUCAACCGUCUCCUGGUUGUGUUUUGGGCUCUAUGUGGUUGAAGUAUGGUUGAUCCACAAAAGACCCGGUGAGAUCAGUGGUUUUCUCAGCACUGUUCCUGGUCUCCUUAAGAUUAUGGAGACCUUCAUAGCCUGCAUCAUAUUCACCUCUCUGGACCCUGCGGAGUACAAGAAGUUUCCUGGUCUGCAGUGGUGCGUGGCCGCCUAUUCGCUCUGCUUUGUUUUCUCAUUGCUCAUCAUCCUCCUGACCAUCGCCAGGCUGUUGCUCGUAUUUCCUCAUUUUUUUGACGUGCUGGUCACCAUCUGUAACGCGCUGGCUGCUGUUAUGUACACUACUGCUAUUGUUAUCUGGCCGCUGUAUGCAUUUAAGGGAAACCCACGGCCUCAUAAUUGUAACCCCUGUGUGUGGGAUGACCUGGUCGUGGUGACCUUCAUGACUUUCAUCAAUUUUUUGGUGUACGUCGCAGACACGGCUUACUCUGUUAAACUUGUAUUUUUUACCCGUCAGGAGCACGAGUAACAAGAGAUAUAUAGUUAAAUCAACUUGAAAUUAUAUAAUUCAUUUAAACUUUAUUCCCUAGUGAGGCGUUGCUAUAAAUUAUAAAAAAUUAAGUUAAACUGGCUUAAGUUAUAUUUCAACUUUAUAAUAAUUUAAUAAUUAUAAUUUAACUCCUCACUAAGAAAGUUGAAAUGAAUUGUAAAUACAAUUUCAUUAAACGUAAAAAUUUGCAAAAAGGAAUUUUUACAGUGUAAGAAGUCCACAGCAGAACACAUAAGGGUGGUUUCCCUAGCCGGGACUAGGUAUUAGUUUAAUUAGGAAAUAUAACUAGUUUGAACAAACUUGCCUUACUAAAAACAUUACUUGUGUGCAUUUGAGGCAAAACAAAGGGCACUGGUGUAUUUUAAGAUAGAAGUUGUUUUCAGUUUGGACAGCUCUUACAUUUAUUUUAGUCUAGGACUAUAAUCUAAUUCCUGUCAGAGAAACCACCCAUAGUAAGUUAUUCAUAGUAAGUUAUGUUUUGUGGGUUAAUUAUUAACUCUUUAUAUGGCAUAUUGGCACCACUACAGUACAUAGUAUCAGUUUAUAUCACUCAAUAAUAAAAAACGGUUUCUGUUAUGAAAUUGGCACAAACUUGAGUCUAUUUGUGCAUAAAGGGGUGGUUUCCUGGACAUGGAUAGCUUAAGCCAGGACUAGGCCUUAGUUUAAUUAGGAAAUAUAACUAGUUUUAACAAACAUGCCUUAAACUAAAACCAUUACUUGUGUGCAUUUUAAGGAGAGACUAAGGGCACUGGUGGAUUUUAAGAUAUGUCAGUUCAAAAUGUUUUCAGUUUGGACAGCUCUUUUUAGUCUAGGGCUAGUCUAAUCCCUGCCCGGGAAACCGCCCCAAAAGGUUUGCUUUAGUGCUGAAAGCAAGAAAUGUUGUAAUUUAAAGUUUUUAAAACUAUUUUCUGUUUUCUUAGUUAUGUUUAAGGUGUCAACAUCAUAAAAAAAUUUGUUUAAACUGCUUAUUUAAUUCGCAUAUAUUAUAAAUUAUAUAUUUUAUUUGAGCACACUAUAAGUAAAAUUGUUUUAGUUUAUUAUACAUACAUUUUUCAAAUAUCUGUACUUUAUCACAGUGUUUUUUUCUUUAUUUCACUACAUUUUGUAUUAAAUACAUCAGUAUACAUCGUGACUGCUCAUCCGAGGGGCGCAAAUUCAAAAUAUGUGUUCGGAGUCUUUGUGUUGCUCGCGUUUUCAAAAUAUGUGUUUGUUGCGUCCUUGUGAACCAUGUGCAUUACGUGUUUUGUCAAAAUAGAUGCCUGCUGCAUGCAUGUCAAAAUACACGCAAGACACUCCCUUAACAGUAAACUCUGAUUACGCAUGAGAUUAUGCGAGUAUCUGGCAAACGCGAGCGUCUCUUUUAUCAUAAACCCUUUAGAUUCGUCUGCAGCAGGCACUUAUUUUGACAAGACACGUGAUGCACACAGGAUCUCUCGACGCGCAAAGACAUAUUUUGAAAUUACGAACCACACACAUGACGGGCUACAUACAUGUUGUGAUGAACUUCGCAUCAAGCGCCCUCGAAAAAAGAAGUCACCGGCUGCCACUGAAUUACAUUAAAAAUCUAGUACUUUCUUAUACUUAAGAAAAAAUACUUAAAAGUUUAACUCGAGUAUAUGUAAGAAAGUACUAGAUUUUUAAUGUUUAUCAAUAUUUAAGUUUAUUAAAGUCGCCAUGAAAUGAAAGUAUCGAUUGCCUAAUUUCCCCUUCAUGACGUAUAUCUGAGUGAAAACGGCUUCUGGAAUGAAAUAAAGGUACGGCUGGAUUUGAAUUUGUUUCAUCGAGAUCUGAUUGGAUUGUUUGAAAUUGGGCCGUGUUGCUAAUUGCAGCUAUCUUCUCCUGGACCCCGCCCACCUGCCAUACCAUAUUUCUGGAAGUAAAGAGAGAUCGUUUUGAGGAGGGGAGGAGAUUUGCGUUUUUGAUUAAAGAUUAUGAGGGCACAGGAAUUUUU